UCAUGUUUGUCAGUGAUGGUAGCAGUGGUUAGCAAGCGGAUUGACAGAACUUGAAAUGGACUGAGGUAUGCCGAGCAAACAUCACAUUAGAAAGCAAGUUCCAACAUUGCUCUACUAAGCCCCGCCAGUGCGAGGAUGUUCCCCGGCCUCUCUCAGAGACCAUGGCAAGUCUUCUGCAGGGUCUACCUGCAUCACAGAUCCCCCCUGUCACAACGACCCCCCUGGGUUGCCAGACCAUGCUACGGCUGGCAAAAUGGAGGGAUACACAGUCUGUGGUUGAGCCUUCCAGACUAUCGCGUAGCUUCUCUCACUUUGGGCCACGUACAGUACUACUCUACCUCCGGCAGUAGUAAAGACGGACCACCGUCACCACCAGGUCCAGACAGUCCUCCUACUGCAGAGAAGGUGUUAGCUGGGGCAGCACUGCCAGCACAGCCUUCUUCAGACACAACAGGGGCACCUCUCAGGCUGACUAAAGCUGAGACCAUUCAGGUCAAAGUGCGGGCUGUUCUGAAGAAGAGGGAUUAUGGAUCUAAGUACACUCAGAACAACUUUAUCACUGCAGUCAGAGCCAUGAAUGAGUUCUGUCUCAAACCGAGUGACCUGGAGCAGCUAAGAAAGAUCCGCAGGCGCAGCCCCCAUGAUGACACAGAGGCUUUCACUGUUUUCUUGCGGUCAGACGUUGAGGCCAAAGCUCUGGAUGUGUGGGGUAGUCCAGAAGCCCUUGACAGAGAGAGGAAACUCAGGAAAGAGGUGGAGAGAGAGUACGAAGAAAAUAUUUUCCGGAAUCAGCAACUGCUGAAGGAAUACAAAGAUUUCUGGGGUAACACAAAGCCUCGAUCAGGAAAGAGAGCGACAUUUUCACAAGGACCAGGGAAGGUAGUGAUGGUGGCAAUAUGCAUCAAUGGACUGAAUUUUAUCUUCAAGCUUCUGGCUUGGGUGUACACUGGAUCAGCCAGCAUGUUCUCAGAAGCCAUCCACUCCCUUGCUGACACCUGCAACCAGGCUCUUCUUGCACUUGGAAUCAGCCAGUCUGUCCGGAAUCCUGAUGCUGUCCACCCAUAUGGCUUCUCCAAUAUGCGCUACAUUGCCUCACUCAUCAGUGGAGUGGGUAUCUUUAUGAUGGGAGCAGGCCUCUCCUGGUAUCAUGGCAUCAUGGGAUUGCUGCACCCACAGCAAAUUGAAUCCCUGCUCUGGGCAUACUGUAUUUUAGCUGGAUCUUUGGUGUCGGAAGGAGCAACACUACUAGUAGCGAUCAACGAAAUAAAAAAGAGUGCUCAACAGCAUGACAUUUCUUUCUAUGAAUAUGUGAUGCAGAGUCGAGACCCCAGCACUAACGUUGUCCUGCUGGAAGAUGCUGCUGCUGUUCUUGGAGUCAUCAUGGCUGCCAGCUGCAUGGGACUCACAUCCCUCACAGGUAACCCCUACUACGACAGCUUGGGCUCGCUGGGCGUGGGCACCUUGCUGGGCGCUGUGUCGGCCUUCCUCAUCUACACCAACACAGAGGCACUUCUGGGGAGAUCCAUUCAGGCCGAGCACGUACAGAAGCUCACAGAGUUCCUGGAGAAUGACCCUGCCGUCAGGGCCAUCCAUGAUGUGAAGGCCACAGACUUGGGGCUGAGUAAAGUGCGCUUCAAGGCAGAGGUGGACUUUGAUGGGAGAGUGGUGACACGCUCUUACCUGGAGAAGCAGGACAUCGAACAGAUUCUCACCGAGAUCCAGCAGGUCAAGACUGCUGAGGAGUUGGAGAGCUUCAUGCUGAAGCAUGGGGAGAACAUCAUUGACACCCUGGGAGCAGAGGUGGACCGUCUGGAGAAAGAGCUCAAGCAACGUAACCCAGAAGUUCGACACGUAGAUCUGGAGAUCCUAUAACGCUACAAAAUAUGCUCUUAGAAAAGUCCCACCACAGCAUAAAGGAAGUAGAGGGUUGGGGGAGGGAUAGCAGCCAAGCCAAACCUCUGCUCUCAUCCUCCCAUUCCCUGCAUCAUCUACCUUCGCCUUGGUUCCCAUUCAUCCUCUUAUCCCCACUCAUCAGAAGAAGUCUUACAGUAGAAUAGUCUGAAACACCCAAGCCAGCAAUCACGCUGGAACGGUAUUGUGGUCCUUUUCUGUUUUCUUUUUACUGAACCAUGCCAUGUGCUGCAGUGUCACAGGGGGGGUUCAAAUAGGAAGGCAGAGCUGUAGUAGAGACAUACAUGGUGUGUCAGUGUAUUUAUGGAAGCACAGCAAGUCUCUCUCACAAGCUCCAAACAACUUUGUUUCAGUGUGAUUUGUUUUUUUGUUUUGUUUUAAGCUGGCAAUGCACCGUUUUCUAUUUGGUUUAGCUGACUUUUGUUCAUGUGUCAACAUGAAUUGUCAAGUCAGCAGAUACCAAGACGACUCAACAGAUAAUGGUCUUUCUGAUUGGUAUCAGUCACACAUAUAGUACAAAAUGCUAUUGAGCUGUGAAGAAUCAUAACCCAUCUUGAGGUACGCUUUUUAUGUUUAUAACAAAACACUGAUUUUAAGCUUCUGAGUUAUUUUGAGGUAAGCUGUGAAGUAUGUGGAAAAGGUAUUUCACAUGAUAUAUUGUUAAAGCAAAAGCUCAAGCACAAAACAAUUUGACUACAAAUUGAUGUAAUGGUAUCAGCUUAGUGAUGAGAUUGUAUACCAAGGUAUAUGAAUAUAACAUAGAUGAAGGAAAAGAAGGCUUUUUCUUUUUUUCCACCUAUUUACCAGAUUUGAGUGAGCUCACAGAGUUUGAAGGCUGCAAUGAUGAACUUUCUAGAAACUUAAGACUAUCAAAGUAAUAGCAUAUACAGAUGUUCGAAAACCAAGUAUAUUUAAGUAAUUGAUGUUCGAGUAAGAAAAACCUAGUCAUCAUGCAAGUCCUCGGAAGCAUCUGAAUUAUUACCUGAAUGUUGUCUUUCCCUUAACACCUCCCAUCAUCCAUACAGCUGCAUCAUCCAUACAGCUGCAUCAUCCAUACAGCUGCAUCAUCCAUACAGCUGCAUCAUCCAUACAGCUGCAUCAUCCAUACAGCUGCAUCAUCCAUACAGCUGCAUCAUCCAUACAGCUGCAUCAUCCCUUCUCAGAUGCAGUAGUAGGCUACAUCCCUCUUCAAGUCGCUGUUGCUGCACUGACUUCCUCCAAACAGGAGGAUGGUCACAUGUUUGCGCUCUCAGUAGCUGGUUCGCAGAAGACAGAUAGUAUGUUUGGCUCCAAAGAUGAAGUACUCAAUGGACAUCCACACAGAGAGAAUCCCCUCUCCUUCCUCCCUCUCUUAGCCAGUGUAAAUAGUAGUUCUGUCGUGGGUGUGACAUGAUGUAAAAUUAUAAAUGAUGAACCCUGUUUUCAUUUAUUUUAUUUUUCUUACAUUUUUGGUAGACUGUUCUCUGUAAAGAAAAUGGAUAUAGCACUGACUCUGCAGUUGUAUGGUAUACAUCAAUACCCAUCAAUCUGUGGUUUGUGGUGUAGGUACCUUAUGCUCACUGUGCAGACCAAGGUGGUGUACAUGGUGUACAGAUGUACAUACAGGUGUAUUCUCAUUGUCAACCUUCUGUGGUUCAUUAACCUGGUCAAACCUGCAUUGGAUUCAAUGGCCGUGCUUGUCACACUGUCAGGCUGAUUCAGGGUGCAGGAGACUGGUUUGCACUUUCAGUCAUGAGUGAUAAGCUGAGUACUUUCUAAGAUGGGAGCUUGAGUUUAGUUUUGUAAUGCAGGAAGUUGAGGUGGAUAUAUCUUUUUCAUUUUUUUUUUUUCAAGGUGUUUAUUGAUUGUCAUAUUGCCCUUUUGUUAACAAAAAUAAUGUAACUACUGCUGAAGGACUUUAAAUAAAUUGAAAUUAAUUUAUUAAAUCAUAUUUGGCGUUUUUGCCUUUGAAAAUUG